UUAAUAUAUACACUAAAACUAAAUGAUAGUUAAAAUCAUGCAAAUUCAUAAGACAAUAAAAGACAGCACCAGAAAAUGGAAUUAUAUAUAGGUGCUGUUCCUUGUUUUGAUUCCCUAUACAUGGAUAGCAAUGCCUAAACAAACGAUAUAAUGAUAACGUUGAUGUGAUUUAACGUUCCACUUGCUCAAGCUUGGAGAAGUCAAAUCUUAUAGGGAAGAAGUCAAGACUUGGUGGAUCUAGUAUAUGGAAACUUUGCGUAACUCACAUUGAUCAGUAAGCUAAGAAGAUCUGCCACACCAAAAAUAGAAAAUAAUUCAACGUCUGGAGUUGAUAUAUGGAUACAUUCAUGCUCGAAUAUGGCCUGAUAGCAUGUUGAAGUUGUCCAUUGUUAUCGCAUUUAUGAAAAGUGCGAAGAAAAACAAAAGUAUAGAAUGAGAACCCUUUUCUCUCUCCUCAUUUAUCUCUGAAAAACAUCUAAAUCGACGUUCCGCAUCUGCUCCGGUGUCCGCCGCGUCGGCGCCGGAGGCACCUCCUCCCUCUCAAAUCCUAUGUUUUUUUCUUUUGCUGUCUGGCUCUCUCUCUCCCACCGGCUAAUAUGCUAAGUGCUCUCGAUCCUCGUGGCCUCUUCAUCUCCGGUGAAACUUUGCUCAUGAGAGUCCGCCGCUUGAAGAGAUCGACGGGCUGGAGUUCCGCGAGGUUCGUAGGGAUGGGAGCUGUUAAGGUAGUCGUCUUUGUGGGAAGAGGUUGCGUCCGUACUACAUUUUCCCGGUUGUAGAUCUAUGGCGCAUCUCUGCGUUACGGUGGCGCGCGCUUCCGUCACGAGGGUCCUCAGCGCGGGAUAUGUUCUUUCAUCUGCUCAAACCUUUCGUUUGUUCCGGCGGAGUGGAGCGGUGGCGCGUGAGUUUCCUCCUCCGCUUGGCGUCUCGUCGGAGAAGCCUCAUGUCGUCUCUCUCAGGUGGCACUCGGCGUGUCUCUCACCUCGUCGGCGCGCUUCAAGGUUGCAGAGCCGUCGUGUGUCGGUUCUUCAGUCUUGGUCUCGGUUAAGGAAAACCGGGUGGUCUCGGUUAAGGAAAACCGGGUGGUUCAAUUCGAUUUCAAUUUGGUCAAGGGUUGACCGGCUUGGGUCAGAGUUGACCGAGUUGACCUUUGACAUGCGGAUUUGGAGUUUGUUUGAGCGGCUGGAGUUCAUAGCUAUCACUUUUCCACAUUGCUAAGAUGCCGCCGCGUGAUAGAGUUGUUCGCACUCAGGCCGCUAGUGCUCCUCGAGAGGGUGGAGAUGAGCAUGUGCCGCCACCAGUUCCACCGACUGAUCAGGAUGCCCUUAGGCAGAUGGUGCAGGAUGCUGCCAGACAGGCCGCACAGGAGGCAGUUCAGCAAGCCGUCCAGGAGGCUGCUAGAGUAGCUGCACAGGAAGUGGUUAGGCAGAUGGCUGCAUCUCAGCAGGGUCAGCAGGUUCCACCAGUUCAGGCUCAGGGACAUCAGCAGCCCCCUAUUCAGCAGGUUCCAGGGGUUUUCCAGGUUCCACCACCAGCGCCCCCCCGUUCUUCCAGGGCAGGUUCCUGAAGUUGAUGAGACGCUUAUGCGGGUGAUGAGACAGAUGAAAACUGUGGAUUUGGAGACUUUUGGGGGAACAGUACACCCUGAAGCGGCCUAUAAUUGGAAGCAUAGGCUGGCUUCGUGUCUGCAGACUAUCAAUUGUCCGUUGCGCCUUUGCCUUAACAUUUCAGAGUUGUAUCUGCGUGGAGAUGCAUUAGUAUGGUGGGAUGGAGUUCGACCGAUGCGUGAUGGUGACAUGACUUAUGAGGAAUUCCUCAUUGCGUUCGACAAGAAGUACUUUCCCAAAGAAGCGUUGCACCAGAAGAGGAAUGCUUUUGAGCACCUGAGGCAGGGUACUAGGAGUGUCAGGGAGUACGAGCGGGAGUUUUGCCAACUCCGCUUGUUUGUUGGUAAUAAUUUCGAUCAGGAAGACUUGAUCAGGAGGUUCUUAGAUGGUAUGCGAGUCGAUCUCCGCGGCAGGUGCAGUAUGGUUACUUAUACCAGUUUAGAGGGUCUGGUAGAGAAGGCUGCGGUGCAGGAGGCAUGUAUUGCAGAGGAGCAGAAGUACUCUAAGGCUCCGCCUAGGACUGGAAGAACUACAGAGCCACAGAAGAGGACUUGGGACCAGUCGAACAUCCAGUGCUUCUAUUGUGGAAAGAUGGGGCAUUUGAGUAGGAAUUGUCGGAGUAAUCCAAUGAGUGCACGGGCAGGACCAGUAGGAUCAGCAGCACCAGCAGCACAGGCAGCACCAGCAGCACAGACAACACCAGUAGCACGGGCAGCGCAGGCAGCACCAGCUACAGCAUACGCACCAGGAGCUUGCUUCACUUGUGGCCAGUUUGGCCAUAUCUCUAGGUUUUGCCCGACUAAAGGGCCUGGGGCCAAACGUCAAGCCAUCACUCCGCGUGUUUAUGCUCUAGGAGAGGCCAAUGGAGCUGAGCCGAUAGCCGGUAUGUAUCUUUAUUAUGCUCGUAUGUUUUUUUGGAGUAUUUGUGUUUUGGUGGUUAUCAUGUGUAGUUAGAAAGAAAAUUGUGUGUAGGAUCGGUUUCUGUUGGAGGUGAGGUAGCUCACACUCUAUUUGACACGGGAGCUUCUCACAGCUUCGUGAGUUCACGUUUGGCUAAGUCUUGGCCUUUUCGAGGUGUCUUCGAGCCGAAGGUUAAGCAGAUUCUGACAGCCGGUAUUGAGAGAUUGGGAACCACUGGUGUUCACCGAGAUGUACCAGUCCUACUGGGUGGAGUCGAUUUCAUAGGAGACCUAGCAGAGAUGGAGAUGGAUUACUAUGAUGUCAUACUUGGGAUGGAUUGGCUGUCACGGCAUCGAGUGGUGCUAGAUUGCAUGCGGGCGAAAGUUAUUAUUCCUAAAGGAGAUGGGAAGAUCACAUUCCAGUGCCUCCAGGCUUACCGGGGAAUUUCUGUUAUUUCCAUGUUGCAUGCUGAGGACUUAUUGGAGAGAGGGGCAUAAGGAUUUCUGGCGACUAUUUCGAUGGUUAAGGAUGAUGGACAUCCUGAGUUGCAGGAUAUUCCAGUGGCUGCAGAAUUUCAGGAUGUAUUUGAAGUCUUAAAGGGGCCACCACCAGCCAGAGGAGAUGUUCUCAAUAUUGAGUUGGAACCAGGGACGUCACCGGUUUCGCGGGCUCCAUACCGUUUAGCACCAGCAGAGAUGGCUGAACUGAAGAUGCAGUUGGAGGAGUUAUUGAGUAAGGGUUUCAUCAGACCUAGUACUUCACCAUGGGGAGCGCCUGUAUUGCUUGUGAAGAAGAAAGAUGGGAGUUUCAGACUUUGUAUCGACUACAGAGGUUUGAAUAAGGUGACCAUCAAGAAUAAGUAUCCGCUUCCCCGUAUCGAUGAGUUAUUGGACCAGUUGUAGGGAGCUUCAUGGUUUUCAAAAAUUGACUUGGCAUCGGGUUACCACCAGAUUGCGAUAGCUGAUGAGGAUGUGCGGAAGACGGCUUUCCGUACACGUUAUGGACACUA